GACCACUGUCAACGAGAGCUCACUGAACGCCUACCAUGACUAUCCGCUCCGCUGUCUGGAUCCACACAGAAUGUAUUUCCACGGAGUCGUUUCUCACUUUGCAUUUGCGGUAGCCAGCCCGUCGCUAGUCGUCCAGUUGGCGACCUAAACAAAAACAUUUCUUUUGCACUUUAAGACAAGUUGGCUGGCUGACUGACUGCCGUCGGCUUGCUCCCUAUACGCGAGAACUCAUCGGCGAUUUUGAACGGGAACUGCCUGCUGAUUUCUCUGGUUUGCAAAACCUCGCAACCGUCGACGAUUAACAGCGUCAACCAGCUCACGUUAGCUUGCAUCCUUCAGCUGCUUUAAAAAGUCAUUUUUAUUCGUGUUUUUCCUUUUGUUUUUGUUGUUAGUAGUGCUUCGUUCCCCUCCCCGCCCCCCAAUAUUUUGUGACGUUUUAACAAACUGUUUUACCGGCUAGUGUAAUUUAACGGCAUAUAUUUUUUGGGCUGAAAACAAACAUUACCGUACUUGCUGUGCGUAUAUCUGGCUGAGUAGCCGUUGUUUACCUCGGUAUCUUCAGCAGCAGUCGGCUCUCUGCCAAGUCCGACUCUGCGACUGAAUCUCUCCAUCUCUUUACGGGUAACUUCAGAGAAGACAUCGGAUAAUGCUUUUCUACAUAUUUUAUUCUGCCAUGCACCUUCUCUUCACUGAAAGCUGCCAAAGCUGUGGUUAACGAAAGCUGAGAGAAGCUAGCGACAGAAGGAAGAGAACCAUUUGAUGGAAGAAAAGAAAAAGAAAACACAAGAAGAAAAGAACAAGACGGACGUUGCUCAGAAGAAGGCUACUGAUCAGAAACCCAAAGUGCCAGAGCCUGCUCCCACUAAGCCCAGUCCCGGCCCACCCCACCACUUCCACCCCGCCAGCCCUACGCUGCCCCUCUCCUCCUCCUCCUCUUCUUCUUCUGGCAAUGGCAAGCGCGCCUCCUCCAGUAGCCAACUCCCGACUCAGACUCCCCCUCAGCAGCAGUGCCAGUUGUCCUCUGCCUGUGCUCGCUACCCGCCCAGAGAGGUGCCCCCCCGCUUCCGCCAGCAGGAGCACAAGCAGCUACUGAAGAGAGGCCAGCCACUGCCUGCAGGAGCCCUCAGCACUCUCACCCUCUCCUCCUCCUCUUCACCCUCAUCAUCUUAUUCUUCUUCUUCUACGACUACCGGCUGCACUUCCCCAAACUCUACCGCGUCCGCUGAGAGCAAACGCCACCCAGACAUAUCCCUCCAGAGUGGCUGUAUUGCCCAGUAUGAGACCUCUCAUUGGGGAGCCUCUUUGCCAGUUGACAGCUCCUCCAGUGCCAACAACUGGGACAAAGUGAUUAUUGACAAAAGUGACACAGACGCUUGGCCCUCCAACAACCACAGCAGUGACCUCAGCCAUACCGCAGCACAAGAAUGCACCUUGGGCUCAGCUAGCUCAAACACAGACAACAUUGCUGUCACUACCACCAGUAGUUGUAGAAAUUUGAGUAUGGCCACAGGUGCGGCAGGCCAGCCGGCCCACUACCCCUCUCUUAAAGCCAACAAUAACAUGAUGACAGGACCUGGGUCAGCCAACACGUGUGGUAAUAGAAGCUGGGGUUCAGAUGGGAAACAAGAUGGUAUGAGUGGUGGCAGAGUAGGAAUGCCCAAUAACUGGGGCACUCCCAAUUUUAACAUGAACCUCAAUCCGAAUGCCAAUCCAUCAGCCUGGCCUGUCCUCGGGCAGGAGGCUGUUGGAGGUUGUGGCAUUGGCCCUAAUGUAGUGUCAAACUCCCCAUCCCUUCCACCAGGUAUUAAUGGCAAUGGAAACAUGGGAAAUGGGAACCUGGGAGGUGCAGAGAAUGGCAGUGGAGGUUGGGGUGGCCUGAUUAGUGCCAAUGAAAAUGAUCAACAGCACCCUUCAACCAACACAAACAUGUCCUUCAAAAUGGAACCUUCUAACCUUAACACUGACGGACCAAACCACACUAAGCAGCAGCAGCAGCAGCAAGCUCAGGAGCCUAUGAGCCCUAUCCAUGGGUUAACUGGCUGGGGAGGCCAGUCCCCCACUGAAUCAUCCCAGCUCAAUGGGGACACAACAGGCAGCUCUGUAUGGGGUAGUGGAGAAACCAAGGCAGCUGACUCCCCGAAGUCCUCAGGCUGGGACUCGACUCCGUCUGGAGGCCAUUCUGCAUGGGGCCGCCAAGGCAGUGGUGGUGGGAGUAGUGGAAGUGGUGGCUGGGGUGACGGCUGGGGGAAAUCUUCCGGUGGCGGAGAAGCAACUAAAGGCUGGGACUCGGUAGAGGCCGGUAGUUCUGGUUCUGGCCAGGAUCAGCCACUUAGCUCAUGGGGCCAGCAGAUUAGAACAGCCCCAGCAAGUGAGGGUAGUGGGGAAAGCAGCGAAAGUCAAUCUGGCUGCAGAGACAGGUCCUCCAGCACGGAUUGUACCCCUCUUCUACCCCGGCAGGAUCUGGAUCCUAGGGUGCUGAGUAACACGGGUUGGGGACAGACCCCCAUUCGACAGCACACUGUAUGGGAGAUGGAAGAAGCUAACUCUGAUGAUGAGAAGAGGAAAAGCUGCUCAGAUGCCAUGGCAGUCUCCAAUUCUACAGGCGGACCCUCAUCCAUCAAUGGAGGCGCCAUCAAUCAAAAAAUUGGGCCCAGUCAGAGGCCUGGGUCUGAGGAAAAGAGUGACAGUGAAGGGUUAUCAUCCUCUGGCUGGAGAGCCAUUCCACCUCAGCCUAUCCAGACUGGAUCAGGAUGGGGGGAGGCCCAACAGUCACGCAGCAAGGCCCCAAAUGGCACUACCAGUGGCUGGGGCGAACCUAAGCCUACUAAUGUUCCUAGAAAUGGAGGCACAUCCUCAUGGGGUUCUGAGGACAAGUCACCCAGUUGGGACAAUGGCGUGACAAAAAGUCAGCCUAACACUAACCCAGGCUGGGUAGACGGCCCCAAAAGCUCUCAUGGAUGGGGCAAUGGUAAUGGGGGCCCCAAUAACUCCAGUACAGGGGAUUGGGGAGAAGCAGAGGUCAAAAAGAAUGGAUCCUCCAGCAGCAUGUGGGAAGGAGAAGGAGGGAAUGGAGGAGGUGGGAAUGGAGGAGGUGGUGGAUGGAAGGAAAGCCCCAGAGGAGGAAAUAGAGGAGGAAACUGGGGUAAACCUGCCCCUACUGUGAGUAAUAACAGCUGGGGGGAGACCCCACAUGCAAAUGGCCCAGCGCAGGGAGGCUGGGGCUCCUCCAAGCCCCAGGAAAAUAACAGCAGUAGCAGCAGCAGUAGCACUGGCAGCGGAGGAGGUGGCAGUAUGGGUUCAUGGGGUGGUCCUGGUACUGUGAAGCAGAACACAUCAAGCUGGGGCAAUGGCAGCAAACAGGACCAAGGCAUGGAUCGCAGUGGAUGGGAAGAGCCCUCCCCUCCCUCAAUGCGCAGGAAGAUGGAAAUAGAUGAUGGAACGUCCACUUGGGGCGAUCCAGGCUCCAACAACAAGACCGUCAACAUGUGGGAUCGCAACAAACCCAAUAAUAACCCAGGCAACAGCGGCCCACCUCCCAGUAAGAAUGGUGGAGUGAUUAUCCCCAACAAUAACAACAACAAUCACUCAGUUGGCCCCGGCAACAACAAUCACCAUCACACUCACCACAUGCACCACCAUCCCCAUCAUAGCCAGCCCCCAACUCACCUGCAACAUCAUGGAAACAGCAAUGGGUCAUCCACCAACGGCACUCCACAUCCAGGCGUGGGACCCCAGGGUAGACCCCCCCUCGCCAACCCAGGUUGGGGAGAGGUUCCCAAUGUUCAACCCAAGUCAGAACCUGCUUGGGGAGAGCCAGCAGCUCCAACAUCAUCCGUGGACAAUGGCACCUCCGCCUGGGGCAAGACCUCAGGGGGAGUAGGAGGAUGGGGAGAUGGUGGCCACGAGCCCUCUGGACCCUAUGGCAGGGCAAACGGACCCACAGGCUCUGCACCCUGCAAGCCAGGCCCAAAACCUAUGCAAGAUAGCUGGGGAAAUGGAGGAGAGGAGAUGGGCAUGUCUACCGGGCAGUGGGACACUGAGGAUGGGGACAUGUGGAACAGCCCCACCUCCCAGGAGAGCAGCUCUUCUUGCAACUCCUGGGGCAAUGGACCCAAGAAAGGCCCGAGCAAGGCGAAGAUAGGCAAGCCUGAUGAGGCUUGGAUCAUGAACCGUCUUAUUAAACAGCUCACUGACAUGGGCUUUCCAAGAGACCCUGCUGAGGAGGCUUUGAAGAGCAACAACAUGAACCUUGACCAGGCCAUGAGCGCCCUGUUGGAGAAGAAGACAGACCUGGACAAGCGGGGCAUGGGAAUGAAUGAUUACAGCAAUGGCAUGAACAAGCCCAUGGUGUGUCGGCCCUCAGCACUCUCCAAAGACCCCUCCGACCGCAACUCCUAUCUUGACAAGGAUGGUAUUCUGUCAGAUGAGGCCCCCCCAUCACCAUUUUUGCCUUCCCCCAGCCUGAAGCUCCCCCUGGCCAACAGUAGCCUUCCUGGGCAGGGUCUGGGACAGGGCAACCCGGGGCUGGCCAUGCAAAACUUGAACAACAGACAGAUACCCAGUGGAAUGUUUGGCAGUAGUGGAGCAGCACAAACCCGGGCCAUGCAGCAGCAGCCUCCUCAGCCACCAGUGCCACCUCUCAGCUCCUCCCAGCCUAGUCUACGUGCUCAAGUGCCUCAGUUUCUCUCCCCUCAGGUCCAAGCACAGCUCUUGCAGUUUGCAGCAAAAAACAUUGGUCUGAACCCUGCACUUUUAACCUCACCAAUAAACCCUCAACAAAUGACCCUCUUGUACCAACUUCAGCAACUGCAAAUGGCGUACCAGCGUUUACAAAUCCAGCAGCAGAUGAUGCAGGCGCAACGCAAUGUUUCCGGCCCCAUUAGACAACAAGAGCAGCAAGUUGCACGUACAAUCACCAACAUGCAGCAGCAGAUCCAGCAGCACCAGCGUCAGCUGUACCAAGCGCUGCUGAUGAAGCAGCAGCAACUUCCCUCUCAUUCCUCUUCCUCCGCUGGUUUGCAUCCCCCCGGUGGCCACGCCGGAGGCCAUGGUUCCGGCAAAUCAACCCUGGACCCAUACACGGGCCCACACCAGGCUCCGGGUCACUCCGACACAAUGCACACCAAAGAGGCGCUGUCUUCGCCCAACGCCUACAGCACCUACCCUCUCUCUGGACUGAAUCCAAACAUGAAUGUAAACUGUAUGGAGGUUGGGGGUCUGUCCCUGAAGGAGCCCCCUCAGCCCCAAUCCCGCCUGUCCCAGUGGACACACUCCAACUCCAUGGACAGCCUCUCUGGCAACUCCUCAAACAUGGAGAACAACCUCAAUAAGCACGGUGCCAUAUCUGCUGCCUCAUCCCUGGGCCCCCCUGGAAAGCCCUCCCAUAUGGAGGACUCAUACAGCCCUUACAAUCUAAUGUCCAGCUCUGAGUCCCCCACCAGCCCCCAAGACAGCUGGGGCCCUGGCAAGAGCCAAAAUGAAAAGAUCUCCAAUGGGACCAACAUUAACUGGCCCCCAGAGUUCUGUCCAGGUGUGCCAUGGAAGGGUCUUCAGAACAUUGACCCUGAGAAUGACCCCAACAUGACCCCUGGCAGCGUCCCCAGCGGUCCCACCAUCAACACCAACAUCCACGACGUGAAUCGAUACCUGCUGCGGGACAGAAAUGGAGCCGCUUCCCCAGCUCCGUCACUUGAGAAUGGCUCUCUGCCUCCAACCAGCAGUGACUGGCCAGUCAGUGGCUACAAUAGCUCUUUCAGUCUGUCAUCCUCUGAUGGAGACAGCUCAGGAAAAAUGUCUGACAUGAAGUCCACCUGGUCCCAAGGGCCCAUCUCUCAGAGCCAAGCCUCUCUGUCACACGAGCUGUGGAAGGUUCCUCAGGGGCCGCGCAGCAACCCAGCCCCUUCCCGGCCUCCCCCGGGGCUCACCAACAACAAGCCCUCUUCCACCUGGGGAGGCAACUCACUGGGCCUGGCCCAAGGGUGGAGCAACUCCUACACCUCUGAAGGAACCACCUGGAGUACGGAGAGCUCCAACAGGACCAGCAGCUGGCUGGUGCUGAGAAAUCUCACCCCACAGAUUGAUGGUUCCACUCUGCGGACCCUGUGUAUGCAGCACGGCCCCCUGAUCACAUUCCACCUCAACCUGACCCAGGGGAACGCUGUGGUGCGCUACAGCUCCAAGGAUGAGGCCGCAAAAGCCCAGAAGUCUCUGCACAUGUGUGUGCUUGGAAACACCACCAUCCUGGCGGAGUUUGCCGGGGAGGAGGAGGUGAACCGCUUCUUUGCACAAGGCCAGUCGCUGGGGGUUAACACCACCAGCUGGCAGGCCAAUCAACCAACCAAUCAAAACCGGAUGGGCGGGGCAUCACAGUCCCACUCUAUGGGUCAGUGGAGCAGCGGUGGCGGUGGAGGCAAGCCCAGCGGAGGCGACUUGCUGUGGGGCAAUGUUCCCCAGUACUCCAGCCUGUGGGGACCGCCGAGCGGAGAGGACGCCCGUGUGAUUGGGAGCCCCACCCCCAUCAACACCCUGCUGCCUGGAGAUCUUCUGAGCGGGGAGUCCAUGUAGGAUGAUGCUACGAUACACUAAACAACCAACCCACCAUGUCACGUAAGGCAUUCGUGGAGGGGGUGAAAAAAAAAAAAUUCAAUAUAAACAGGAGCAAAACCCAAGCAAAUCAUGUGGCGAUAAUCAGUAUCAAUUUGAACUGUGAAGUCAGAAGGCGGGAGUCCCUACCACACAGACUGCAGACUCCAGUCCUUCUGACUUCUGCUUUGGUCCCUUUUUUUUGUUUGGUUUUACCUCCUUUAGGGAAAAAAAAGCAAGAUAUUGUUUCCUUCUGUAUUUUUGAAAUCAUAUAUAACUAACUGAAAUGAGACACAACACAAAGAAACCUUUUAAGUGUUUUUAGUUUUUCCAUAAGUAUACAUGACAUUCUGUGUGAAGUUUUUUAUGAGAAGCAUUCAAAGCUGCCAUCUGAGACUUUCCUUUUCCCUCCAAAAAAAAAAAAGAGAAUCAUCCCAAAAUAAGACUUAAAACAACCAUUCCCAGCAUGUCCAUGGCCAAUGAUGUGGUUCAAAGACCUUUACUAGUUAUGUUAACGUUUGUUUCUCAGCACUAAUAUUAGCCUUAAGUGCUCUCUGGCCUAGGUCCUCCCAAGCCGCCUUUUUUUAGUUUAUUUUGUAACUGAAGAAAUAGCUGAAAUCUUGCACAGUUUCACCUCUGAGCCAGCAGGUGGUACAGGACAUGACUGGUGACCGACUCUGUCACUGGGCAGUGAGAAGGCCUGGCCGCGUGACUGGCCCUACCAAUCAUCAGCUUAAUUACUUUGAUUUGUAUUCUCAAAGGGAUAGACACAGCUGUUAAAUGUCCUCUUUAUUUGUAGGUCUAGACCCAAGCGCAUUUUUUUAUAUCUAUUACAACAUAUAAGCUGACAGAAGAUUAUUUGUCAACCUCGCUGCGUGUCUCCGUACAUGCCUAUGUAUGUCCGGUGGCACCCAAUCAUUGACGUCUGCAAGCCCAGAUCCUUCUGGUCACCUUCAACCCAGUCGCUUACCGGUGCUGUGUUGAAUUUUCUAUUGUCCGAUUUGUUAUGAAGCCCAGCGGUCUGUAUAGUCAGCCAGUUUUUGGAGGAAAAAAAAGGACACAAUUUACCUUCAUGCGACAGUUACAUUGUGCAAUAUACACCAUAGACCUUUCUUCCGUCCAUACUCUACGUCCACCGGAGCUGGUUUCUCUUUUUGUUUUUGCUUUUUCGAUUGUUGCUGAUUGCAGCAAAAGACUUUGGAACUUCACAAACCUUUACCCCCUUUUUCAAAACUUGGAUUCCCCCCAGGCCGCCAGUCCCCCUGAAGCUGUUGGGAAAAACUCUGCAGGAGGAAUCAACAGCUGUUGAACUGUGCAUGCAGCAAACUGUACACAAGAAGGACAAUGGGUACACAAUAAUGCACACUUCCUCUCUGCGUGCCACAGCCACACCCAACAGAGACUGAAUCCGCAGUGGGAUUGGACGGUUUGGGUAUCUGGCACAAUACCAAAUAAGAGGGGUUUCUCCUAAUGCAGUAGACCUACGAGUGUUCCUUGCGUUUGGUACUGUACAAACAAAUGAGACUUUUAUAAAUUCAAAGGGUUUUAUCAUAGCACUUAUGAAGAGCAAAUCGCUUCAUCUGCAAUCCAAUAAAUCAAAAAAAAGGAGCAGCAUAAACAUUGAAAACAAAAUACUGCUCUUUCAUGUACUAUAUCUAUUCCUUGGAAAUGUGUCUGGCGUUGUUCCGAUGGUAGCAGGACGAAGGGAAACGGAACUGAAUUGUACCUUUGGACUUUGGGGGAAAAAAUGCAGUCUGUGAUUUUUAUUUUUCUCCUUCUUUGAACAAUAUCAAAGUGAAUAUCACUGUUACUCCAAAUGUUAAGCCUUGUUCUGCUUGGAGGCACUAGACUUGCAAUGUCAGCUGUCUCUGACGCCCGCUGGCCAGUCAGUCGGUGGGUGAGUCGGAGAGGAGUCGGGUGGGGAGGGGAAGUGUCCACUGAGUGCCUCUGUGCUGUGGUCCUCUGGGUGUCAAGCGGCAGCCCCACAGCGCAGCACCUCCUCCUGGGCUCCACUCCCUCAGUCUGGCAAAGGAAAGCGGCCCCCUCCAGGACCGGCCAAUCGCGGCUCUCCGCCCCACGCAACAUCUCCCAACAGGGGGGCCCGCCACCACCCGACCCCGCUGGCGUCUCGCCCUCUCCCCCAUCUCUCAGUCCUUUGACACAAAGAUCACUUUAGCUGGAAGAUGUAAUAGUCAUAUUUCUGGAAUUUUUGCCAGUGUACUUUUUAUUUUUUUGGAAAAGAUCAUUUUGACUUUAUUUUUUUCAAUGUGUUAUAUUGUUAUUUGUGUCUACAUGCAGUGGUCUACAAUAUACCGGCUGCUGAACUAGCCCUUCACUGUUCAUAUGCAGAAACACUUUGGUCAGAGGUGCCUCUGUAUGUUCAUCCUGUGUAUUGAAUGCAAAACAAGGAUCAAUACUGCAGAGCGUUAUUGAUUGUCUAUUUGUUUUUAACUGAUCAUGCUUUUGUUUGACAGUAUUCUGUAGUACUUCCAGGUAGUAUCUUGAGAUGUGUAAAAAUAGGGUGUCUCAGACGGGUGUGGGUAUUUGUUGCUCCAAGCUGCUCCGCCUGCCCGCAGGCUGUCCCCCCUUGCCCUUUGCCUAGCUGCUACGCUAUGACCUCCUCCUCCACCUCGACCAGACCCAGUAGCCCCCCCUGACCAGGCCCUCCUAUCUGUUUCUAUGCAAAAGACUAGAGGCUGGGGCCCUUUACGGCACGCCAAACCUGACUCGGGAAUGAGCACUCCUCCCAGAGCUUGGCACACCCAACCCUUGCACCCUCUGUGCGCUUCUGUCAGCACUUAAGAAUGGCCGCCAUUUCUGUAAAGUCAGGCUCAGCCACCAGAACACUGUCCUAUAUAAAAGCCGAACACUUACUUUAAGUAGGUCUUUCUCUCUGUGCUGAAGACACUUCUGUCCAUCUUGAUCUCAGGGUAGGGGAGUAGAUGAUACCAAGUAUGAGAUGCAGCUCUCCGUAUAUAUAUGUCCUUUCUACUGUGAGAGCAAAGUCUAAAAUUAAAAGGCCAUCUGUGCAACAAUUUUUACGGACCUCAUGCUUCGAACGUAAUCCUAAUUGGAAGGAAAAAGGCUUGUAUUGAAUCCUUUUCCUCAAAAGGUGGCCUGUUGUUACUGUUUCGGGGGCCAAUUAUUGCGUGUAAAAGUUGCCAACGUAAAGUGCCAAUAUAAAUUUGCUGUGUCAAACUGUAUCUUUAUAGAGAGCACUUCUGUUCCCUGUUCGGAGGAGCUUUGAUAACCUUUGCAGAGGGUGAAGCGGGGGACAGGAGGGAUCAAACAAAUGGGCAGCAGCAUCACACCCUUCAAUGACUGAGAUUCUUUUUUUUUGUGUGUUUUUGUGGGGAACGCCUCAUGCUAAGGAGAAAAUCUUUACUCAGUUGGGGGUUCCAGUUUGCUACAGUGCACAGUUGAUGAUGGGUAAUCCCGGGUACAUAUUUUUUUAAAACCAAAAAUGAAAUUGCAUUUUAACGUCAUUUUUAUGAAGUUUGACAUAAAAAUCUUAAAAAUGCUAAAAAAUCUAAGUGAAAAAAAAGAUCUAUAAUAUGUUAAAUCUCUGCACUUCUAGCUGAAACGUCUCCGCUCAUCAGCCUCUACUACCACUAUCUAACGGAGUAGAGUGGUGGCCGGGGUGCCUUUUUGUGGAUGCUGUAUUUAUCUUGUUUUUAUGUAUGUGUCCUGCUCAAAGCAGGCCCACUGAACUGUACAUUUCCACAGACCCAGAUGGCUUGGGCCCACUGUAUCAGCCUCGCUCUCCUCACUCUGCAUCAGCAGGAGGGGAGGGGCACAUUUCAAGAGGUACAAAGUCUUAAAAAACAUUUUAAAAAAAGUUUUAAAAAUUACAAAAAUAAAAAAAAAUUAACAAGAAAACGGGAAAAGGCUACCUUUCAGGACUUGCAGUCCUGCAGCACACAAGCAAAAAUCACUAUUGCCUGUUUCUGUAACUGCCUUGAUCCAAGCUCAGACAGACCCAAUAGCCGAGGACCUCCCAGCAUCCUGUACUAACUGGAGAACCCUGACAGUGAAGGGGGUUUCCCAUGCUGCACCAGCAUCGAGAGGUUCUCCUCUCUAUAGCUCUGUUCUAGAUGACAGUAUAUAUGUAUACACUACAUGUAUACAGUAAGUAUACAUAUAUAUCUGUGAGUUCAGUGUGUGGUAUCACCUCUUCAGACUUCUUGGAUCGUAACCUCUGAAACGUUUCAUUUUAGUUUGAAAGGUCUUGGUUAAAUACAACUGAAAAAUGAGCAAUAUGUAUUUUCCCCGCAAAUAAGCGAUACGAAGGAAAGAAUUCGGGUUGAGUGUAAACUGAUACUUGAUUGAUUGAAAGCUACGCCUUUCUUAUGGAGUUGGAUAUGCACGUUCUGGCUUUGAUGACAUAUUACAGUACUUUGAAGUGCUUGUACUGUAAAUAUGUGUUAUUGUUUGUCAAUUAGCCUGUCUAAAAGCCCAACCCAACCAGUCGCUAAAAAAAUCUCAAACAUAUCAAAACACGACAAAAUAUUGAACACAAAUACUUGAAUCACGGAGCGCCAAUAAUGUAAUGUGAAGUCAGUAAUUCUCUUCUAGUUCCCUCCAUCUGACAGGUACACUUGGGGGGCUUUUAGAGAAUAUUAAAAAUGGAUUGCAUUAAGUUACAAAUACAAAAUCUUAGAGGUAAAAAUGCAAAGUCAUCUUAGAUGUGUGCUUGAAAGUCUGUAUGAAUGUGUGCGCAAGAAACUGUGUACCAGGCAAAUGGCCUGUUGUUGUGUUCCACUCAGUAUGUUAUAUUUUGUGUCUGUUUUUAUCUUUUCUUUUAUGUUGUUCUGUCAAAAAGUGUUUUGAUAGACAUGUUAUUAUCUUCUAACGUUGCACUGAGUGUCUUCUACCCCUCACUCAGCUAAUCGUAGAUGAACGAGUCAAAGUACGGAGGGGAGAUGGUGACAAUUCACGUGUACAUGUUUACUCAAGGACUUAAUGGAUUUUGUUUCAUUUUAUCUGUAAAAAAGUUUAUCUACCUUAUAGUGGCUUUUAUUGUGGAGUAAUCCAAUACAAGGAUUAUCAUUGAGUAUUGCACCAUUAUGUUCCAAUUGUAUAAAAAAAAUGAAAAAAAAACUACAAAUAAAAAGACAAAAAAAACUAGAAAACAAAAAAAGGGGGUAAAAAAAACAAAGAACUGUUGCCAUAGAUAGUUGUAGAAGGACUAGUAAUCCCUAUGUUAACUUCAUGGAGAAAUGGAAAGGGAUAAAGUGUGGGAGGUGAGUUUGUUACAAGACUCAUUUCAGAGGUGCCUAUCUUUUCGGGGGGGGGGGGGGGGUUGUUGUGUUUUUUGCAAAAGCCACCUGUCGUUUACAAGCAUUUCAUUUGUCUGAAGUUCAAGGAAAUACACAUUUAUAACAGGAAUGUUGUAAAAAAAAAAAAAUCAUCUUCCAUCAAAUAUGGACAUGAAAAUUUUGCAAAAUGAAGAUUUAUGCUACUUUAAGAACUCUGGGAUUGAUCAGUGUUGUGUCAUAUUUCAAUUUAAAUUUAAGUUCUCUUUCAGUGUCGACAGACUAUCUCUAUGUAUUCUGUAAGUUGUGAUGUUAUGUUUCCUGUAAGCAACGCAGUUUGCUCACUAUCUUGCACACUCAUAAAAGAUGUGGAUUAUGUCUCAGGAAGGCCAGGGUUCCAGAUACCAACUCCAUCAUUUCUAGGUUUAAUGUUUGCGUGAAAAAAAAACCCAACUGAAAACCAUUAAACUCCAAGCAGGCACUGAAGGUCAUGAGUUUAACAGAACAUAGAGUACCAUUGUUUUCUUGAAAGCAACAACAAAAAUGUUCGUAGCAAGUUAUAUAUUUACCAAAUAAGACUGAGAAUCAACUUUGAAAAAAGUGGAGUGCUUUACAUGUGAAAUCUAAGUAGAAUUGCUUUACAUUUAACCUGAUCAAUGGUUUGAUUGUCAAAAGACAGUGACAGAAAAUACAUUUGUAUGUUUUGACUUGUUAAAGUUUCCAUCCUGUAGUUCAGGAGCAUUGUGCAAGAAGUUUAUUUGUUUGUUUUAAUCAUCUCUCCUGUCUGUUAACAGGUAUUUCAAUAGUUGAGAGGUUUUCUUAACAUGUAACGGAAGGUUUUCAGAGGAAGGUUUGAGGUGGAGGAGUAAAGCUGGUUUUUAAAGGAUCAUGAUCUAUGCACAAGUGGGAGGGAAGAGUCCAAACCCAGCUGCUGUACUGCGGGCGUUUGUCGACUCAGACUGGGGUUCAGGGUUUGAUGUAGGGUCGUUCUUGUUUUGUCUCUUGCUCCAAUUUCCUUCACUCUACUUCCCCCUUUCUCCUUAUCGUCAUCUAAUGUUUUAGCAAAAUGUUACAUUGCGUCGCCAUGCUGUGUAAUCCUUAACCAAUGAGCGCUUAUCCUUCUGCUAAAGCACUGUGGGUUGUACUGAGAAACAUUUCCCAUGACUUUUAAAGGCUGUCAGUUUUUUAAAGGGGACGGGGGUGGGGGAUGGAAUGGGGGUACUUUGCCUUUGCCUUUCUCUUUACUUUGAAAAAAAAAACAUUAAGGAAAAAUGUCUGUAACUGAAAUACAAAGUUGUGGCUUUUAAUGUUGUUCUUUUUUCUCCUCAUAGAAUGUGAUUGUUAAGGACAUGCACCGGAAAAAAAUGUUUCCAUGAAUUAUGGAGCUUCUUUCGGACUAUAUUAAUAAAUACAAAUUUUCUUGCUGUUA